AUGACGUUGAUGAUCAAUCGACCAAACAGAGUGAUAGAAAAACAAAAGUUUUUUCAAGCACACACCAACGAACCCCUUUGGCUUCGUGGAGGUUCAGCUAGAAAACCAUUUUUGUUCGUAUACUUUGCCGCUAUUGGCUUCGGUACUCUCGGUUCAUUGUAUGGAGCUACUAAAUUGGCUCGGGGAACGAAAUAA